UAGUACUCCUGCUAGUUCGAGGUGGGAUGAUGAGGAAAAAACUUAUGAAUGGGAUAAUCUACCGAUCUUAAAACUGAAAAGCGCAGAUGCAGUACACGGUACAUCAGAUUAUGACGAGUAUGAGGAUUACAACGCACAAGAGUCGUAUGAAUAUGAAAACAAUAAUUAUUAUGCGGGGGAGGAUUAUUAUGAUUUCAAUGAGUAUGAAUAG